CAAUACUUCUAUGUCGCAAGUUAAUGCAAGGGGUGCUAGAUCACACCACCUGUGAAGGAUUGUGCUCGUCUUUGAAGUUGUCACGUAAAGCGCAGCUAAGUGCCUUCUACGUGGCGCUCAUAUUAGACGCUAUAACGGCCUACAAAACGUCUGCCAGGUAGCAGCGAGUCUCUUACGACAACGUUACUAACUUCGCCAAGCUUCUUAGCAACGCAAUGCAACGCUACGACGUGAAUCGUCAUGGUCAGGAGUUUCACGGCGUGGUGACCAGGCCCCGCGCUAGCGGAUCCCCGCAGACUUUGGUAUUCCUUACGGAAGAGGUCCACGAGCUACAAUUGAAUCCAGCUGUCAGCCUCGGUCCGAAGGUGCAGUGCACUGACGGUGCCACCGGAGAGCCCUAUGAAUACCAGGGGUAUGCUUGCUAUCCCGUGUACGAACCAACUACUGACAGCGUGUACUACUUUGAGGACGGCGACCUUCUGCGUGUUGAUGCAAACAAUGUGGUGGGGCAGGUGGUGGUCACCAGGCACGCUGGUGGGAACAUCAAGGGCAGGGUGCGGCCAUGCGAUUGCUUUGAGCCAUACGACAUGGUGACCGACGGCCGUGGAACCCUCUACGUAGUGGACGGUGACGGGGGCGAGCGCGAAUGCGGCUUAGGACUGUACAAGGUCGUGCUGAGGCGGGAUCAGGCGCACUCCCGUCAUGGCAGCGUUGGCACCGUAACGGCGACGGUAUCAAAGGUCUUAGCUGCCGAUGGUUUAACAGCGCUUUGCUACGAUGGCAGCACGGACACACUGCUGGCAGCCACAUCGCACGCAGUGUACCAUGUAGCCCUGCAGCCUGAGGAGGGGCCUAGCAGCAGCAGCAGCAGCGGUGGAGGCUCUGCUGCCAUGCGGCUGGUUGCUGGAUCGUCGGCGGGUGCGGCUGGCAGCUGCGAUGGCUGCUGCACCUCCGCGCUCUUCACGGGUAUAACCGCCAUGGUGCCGGGCCCGGACGGGGCGACCUACAUUCUGGACAGGGGUCGCCUCCGCAAGAUGAGCGCCUGGGGUGAGGUGCAGACACUCGCUGCCGAUCUACCCAUUGGUGAAGCACAGGCCAUAUUCUCAGCCGAGCGUCGCAUGGUGCUCGGUGUAUACGAUGCAGACCUGUUGGUGCUAUCCUCUGAGCACUUUGCGACAUCAACAGCGGCAGUCACUCCUACCGCCAGCCACAUGCCUCCGCCGGGCUCCCUGCUCAUGCUGCCCCCGAGUGGCUCCGCCACCGUCACCCUUCGAGUGGGCGGCAGGUCCUUCGUGGCGCACCGCUCGCUGCUGGCUGCCCGCUCGGACUACUUCAGGCAGCUGCUGGCGGGCGGGUUUGCGGAGGACGGGGCGGAGGAGGUGGAGCUGCGGGACGCCGACCCAUGGGUCUUUGGUGCGCUGCUUGACUUCAUGUACUUUGGGCGUCUUGAGGUGCCGGACGAUCUGCUGCGCCCCACUGCCGAGCUGGCUGGUCGGCUGCUGAUGCCGGCCGCUCUGCAGCUGCUGCAGUCGCGGCUGCUGGCGGCUGCCACCCCGGCCACUGUGGUGGCGGAGCUGGAGUGGGCUGCACGGCACAACCUGGCGGAGCUGGUGGAGGGGCUGAAGCAGCGGCUGCUCCGCAGCAAGGCCAUAGUGUCCUUGCGUACACCACCCGAGGCGGUACGGCAGCUGGCGGAGAGCUGCCCGAAGGUCAUGGCCGAGUUGUUCAUGGGGGUGUGGCUCAGGUAGAGGUAGUAGCGGGGUGUAUGCAUGCAGGGGUGUGAUGCAUGUGUGUCUGCAUGCAGGGGUGAUGCGGGUGUACGGUAUGCAGGGUGUAUGCAUGCAGGGGUAUGAUGCUGAGGCUCAUGCAGGGCGGGGCAAGCUGGGUGUUGUGAUGUGCGCUGGCUAGCAAGCCUGGCGCAGGCAGGCGGUAUCAGCCGGAAGGCUGGAUUAGGUAAUGCAGUGCCUAACCAAUGCACGUUUAUAAAUUUCGUCUGAGGAUGGGUGUAAGGUCGCUCUGCGGGAAUACCUAUAAAGUUAGCAGGCAGGCUGCAGCAGGGAGUGGCUAAAUGGGUUGCGCAUGCGGCUCUGUGGCCAGCUAGUGACGUCAUGUCUUAGUACCAUGUGGCCCUUCGGCGUUGCUCGAGUGCCUCCCUGCUGUGCAGACCCAUGGGUCGUGUAGGUCAUGCGCAGGGGUGACGGUGAGCCCCGUUGCUUGGGCCGGAUAGGUUGCAGAUGUGCAAUGAUAGCCUUGAAAGUUAGUGUACCGGUAUGGCUGGGCGGCGUACUGGUUGGCUUGUACUGGAUUCCUGGCGAGUGGUUGUCGUACGCCAACUUAACCUUGGUACCCUGAUGUUUGCGAGGGCGACAAGGCCUGUCCAAACACUCGUUCGCAGGCGUUUAGGAAACCCAGGAGAGGGUGUGUAAAUAGCUAGCUAUGA